CGAGCGGCGCGUCACCAACUCGGCAGCGGCGGAGCUGGCAGAGGCGGUGGCACAGGUGCACAAGAUCGCAUGGAUGCGGCUCAACGAGCUCGUGCGGCCGAACCCAACCGGCUUCCUCACCUGCCACGUCCUCGAUACGGCGCGCGGCUGUCCCGCCGCCGGCAUGCGGAUCGAGCUCAAGCGGCGGGUCGAGUCGUCCAACGGCGCGCGCGGAACGCGCACACGGGUCCGCAAGACAUGCGGUGCACAGACGCAGUCCACAGACGCAGUCACACAUGCCGCGGCAGUCGGACCGGGAGGCGGCGGUGGCGAUUCGUGGGCGGAGGUUGGCUCAUUCCUCACCAACGAGGAUGGGCGCAUCGUCGGCGCGCUGUCCGCUAGCAGCGGGGCGAAGGCGGCCGGGACGGCGCGUCGCGGGCCCGUCCUCAAGGACGGGGCGAUGGCGCGCGGCGUGUACGAGUGGACCUUCCACGUGGGCGACUACUUCGCCGCCGCCGGCGCCACCUUCGCGCCGUGUGGCACGCCCUUCCUCGGGCAGGUUCCCCUCCGCUUCGGAAUCGACGACGCCGAGUCGCACUACCACGUCCCGCUCCUCUGCUCGCCCUUCUCCUUCUCCACCAUGGACGACGGUGACAUCAACAGCGCCAAGAUGCAGGUCCAGGGACAGAUGGCGGCGCAGUACAUCCAGGAGGUAAUGCAGGUGAUCACGAGCAAGUGCUUCACCAAGUGCGUCACCCGGCCUGGGCCCAAGCUGGACGACUCCGAGAAGAUUUGCACCGCAAAGUAUCUCGACGCGAUGGCGAUCGUCUCGCAGACGUGGGCGUCGAGGGCUAAGGCGCAGGCGCAGAUGGGUGGCGGCGGCGAUGGCGGCUUCCUCGGGUAGAGCGUGGUCUUGAGGUCUUGCAGGGGUCUCCAACGGCGCGUCUCUCUGUCUUUAGACUUUACGCAGAGCCGAUCUCGGACACAUGCCGCUCGACGUUUACAUUUUUGGCUCUCCCUCUAUCUCUAUUAUUCAGAUCUCUUAUACACAGA